AUCGAAGCAGCGGGCGGCAAAGGCGUCUUCGUCGCAUGCGAUCUGUUGGAAAUCCAAGCUAUCCGAGACCUUCAUGCUAAGGUAGCGUCGGAAUACAAGCGCAUCGAUGUCGCCGUCAACGCCGCAGGCACUGCCUCUGGAAUAGGCAAGCUGGAGACUGUAGGGCUAGAGAAGUUCGAGCGCCUGAUGCACCUCAACGUUACCGCAGUCUUCGUUUGCAUGCAAGAGCAGGCGAAAAUCAUGCUCCAGCAACCCAAGCAGAACGACGAUCAGCCUUGCCAUAUCAUCAAUUUCACGUCCAUCUAUGGCGAACAAGGUUGUGCUAUGGGUGUUGCAUAUUGCGCGUCGAAACACGCCAUCAUUGGUAUGACGAAGUCGGCAGCGCUGGAGUAUGCUCAUAGAGGCAUCAGGGUGAAUGCCUUGGCUCCUGGUAUCAUUCCCACAGGCAUGGUGAAUGAAAUGGUAGCGGAAGGUUUAAAUGAUCCAGAUUUCGCGGAGUCUGGUCAAUAUCUGGUCCGAUUGUAUCCUCAGCAGCGCUUUGGAACACCGGAUCAGGUGGGCAAGGCGGUCAACUGUCUUGUUGGCACAGAUUGGACGACAGGGACGACGUUGAUAAUGGACGGUGGUUUCCUGGCU